UCGAGAAUUGAGACAGACAACUACUGGGCACUAUCAAAUCAUGUCGGAGUCCAACAGCAGUGCAGCUUGUGUGGCUGAUCAGAAUGGGGCAGUUCCAGGAGAGCCAGUGAAGAAAGAUGAAAACUCCAGAAGGGGAAACUGGGGCAACCAGAUUGAGUUUGUCCUCACCAGUGUGGGUUAUGCAGUGGGACUUGGCAAUGUCUGGAGGUUCCCUUACCUCUGUUACAGAAAUGGAGGAGGUGCCUUUAUGUUCCCGUACUUCAUCAUGCUGGUGUUCUGCGGCAUCCCUCUGUUCUUCCUGGAGCUCUCGUUUGGGCAGUUCACCUCCCUCGGGUGUCUGGGAGUCUGGAGGGUCAGCCCCAUGUUUAAAGGUGUGGGCUAUGGAAUGAUGGUGGUGUCCACCUACAUUGGGAUAUACUACAAUGUGGUGAUAUGCAUUGCAUUUUAUUACUUCUUCAUGUCCAUGACAAACCUGUUGCCCUGGACAUACUGUAACAACCCCUGGAACACUCCUGACUGCAGUGGGGUGGUGGGCCCUCCUCGAGCUAAUGCAACCUUUGCCAAUGUGUCUGCUAUCAUGUCGGGGGUGACUGAAAUAGUCAAUCGCACCAAGAGGACCAGUCCUAGUGAAGAGUACUGGAGGAACUAUGUGCUGAAUAUCUCUGAUGGUAUUGGGAACUUUGGAGAGGUGCGUCUGCCCAUUCUUGGUUGUCUGGCUGUGUCUUGGGUUGUGGUGUUCCUCUGUCUAAUUCGAGGAGUUAAAUCCUCAGGCAAGGUGGUCUAUUUCACAGCGACCUUCCCUUAUGUGGUGUUGACUAUUCUUUUCAUCAGAGGAAUCACACUGGAUGGUGCCAUCAGUGGCAUCAAAUACUACCUGACCCCUCAGUGGCAGAAAAUUAUAGAUGCCAAGGUGUGGGGGGAUGCAGCUUCUCAGAUUUUCUACUCUCUGGGAUGUGCCUGGGGUGGGCUUAUUACCAUGGCUUCAUAUAACAAGUUUCAUAAUAACUGUUUCAGAGACAGUAUCAUCAUCAGUGUAACGAACUGUGGUACCAGUGUGUAUGCUGGCUUUGUUAUUUUCUCCAUCCUUGGAUUCAUGGCUCAUCAUCUGGGGGUGGAUGUGUCAGAGGUGGCUGAUCAUGGGCCGGGGCUGGCGUUUGUGGCCUACCCAGAGGCCCUAACACUGCUGCCCAUAUCCCCACUCUGGUCCCUGCUCUUCUUCUUUAUGCUCAUUCUAUUGGGCCUGGGCACUCAGUUCUGUUUGUUGGAGACUUUGGUAACAGCUGUAGUAGAUGAGAUUGGAACUGAUUGGAUUAUCAAAAAUAAGACUUACGUCACUCUGGGAGUGGCUAUAAUAGGCUUCCUCCUUGGAGUACCACUGACAACACGGGCAGGGAUAUACUGGUUGCUGCUUAUGGACAACUAUGCUGCUAGUUUCUCUCUAGUCAUCAUCUCUUGCAUCAUGUGCAUCUGCAUAAUGUAUGUCUAUGGUCACAAAAACUAUUUUAAAGAUGUGGAGAUGAUGCUGGGCUUCCCUCCUCCAGCUUUCUUCAGGAUCUGCUGGAGAUUUGUGUCUCCUUUAAUUAUUACUUUCAUUCUGAUUUUUACAGUGAUCCAGUACAAGCCUAUCACCUACAAUGACUAUGUAUACCCCAGCUGGUCAUUGGUCAUUGGAUUUGCCAUGGCUUUGUCUUCAGUUAUCUGUAUACCCAUCUAUGCUCUGUUUAAGAUUGCUAUGUCUGAAGGAUCUACAUUUUUAGAGCGUUUGAAGAACUCUGUGAAGCCUGACCCGAACUGGGGCCCUGCCCUCCAGGAGCACCGUAAGGGACGAUACGCCACCACGGGGCCUGAAUCUAUGGAAGUGCGCCCUCUCAAAGAAGAGCUAAAGAACGUGGGGAAAGAGAAACUCAAAGAGGAAAAAGAAACGGAGGAGAAAAAGGAUGAGAUCGGUCUCACCAUCCCUGGAAGCAACGGCUCCACGUUGAACCCCACACCGAGUGCAUAGAGGACCCUUCCCCACCCUCGCCACAGGACGGUUCCCUCUCCCUGCUAUCACACUUUGCGGGACAGGCCACUAUCGCUGGAGACCUUUACAUAUUGUAAGGGCUUUAUGAAAUCUAACCUCUAGAGAAAUUGGUUGUCAUCCAAAACCUUUUUCUUUUUGUACACAUAAUUUAAUAGUGCAGACAUGUUCAUAUACAGGAAAUGUUUGCAUACACACAGUGUGUAUAUAGCACAUUGUACAAUAUUUUCACUCUGUGUUGAGUAGACUGGCGACGUGACUGUAGUGGCAGCAGGAGCUACAGUGGGAUUUGGCUUAUGUUUAUAGAAGUGGCAGUGCUGGUCAGGUUAAAAGCUGAAGACCAAAUAAUCUUUGUAGCGAUGUUGUCAAGGCCCAUAAUAACACUGUUGAGGUGGGAUUAUUAUCAUUUUCUACUUUGUAUCCAUUGCCAUGUUUGGGAAUCAUCUUGAUUACAUUUAGUUAUGGUGAUGUGUAGUGGAUGAUCAGUAUGAUUUAUUCAGUGGCCAGUGCCAUAAAUUGCAAGUGACUGAUGUUUAAUUAAAUGCAUGGAUUUUAUAUAUGGAUGGAAACUUUAUAUAUAAAAAAAUACUGUUAUACAUUGACUGGAUUGCCGGUACAUUUCAGAACUAAUACAAAGGAGAGCUAACACUUUUGUUUACUGGCCAAGUCAACAUGGUUAUCGGCUGAUAACAAUAAUCUCAAAAUGGACGAUUUGUUAUCUCAAAAUAUCAGCUGAUUAAUUCACCUGAACCGAUGUUUAGAAAAAGUGUUAGUGUUCAGAACAAUAAAUGAGCAUAGGCCAAGAGAAUAUCAAGAACUGAAAAGUGAGAGCACAAAUGCAAAACAAAGAAUAUUUGGUCUUCAGCUAUCACUGACAGGGGUAUCUGGACUGAAGUAUAACUUGUCAACUCCUUCUUGACUAACUUUUCCCAUUCUCAGGGUUUUUUUUUUUUUUUUUUGCAAAACAUUUUCCAACACCUUGAGAUGAUUUAUUUGCUUAUGUUAGGUGUUUGACAUGAGAGGAGAGGGGUUUUCGUGUAGGAACUUACACAUGAAAUGCCAAAUCUGUCUACUCUUCCAGGCAUUUUAAAGCUAAAUUGCGAGGCAUCUCCUUAGCGAGGGGAGCAUGUGUGCGGUAACAGAAGCAGCUAGUUCCUCAUUAGAUUCAGUACUGUAGUAUGCACACUAACCUUGCUUUUCACAGAAAAAAAUAGGCAUGUUACCAAAAACAUGUGCACAAAACCUUUAUAUCCUGAUGUCUUAGCUGGUAUGAUUGUUAUUAUGUGUGUGUGUUAUACUUUUUUUUUCUUUUUUUUUUUUUUUUGUCUACUCAUAUUAAGAGACUUGAAUUGGUGUGUAUCUCUCAUUUAAAAGCAUCUGGUUGUACUGAGCCAAGCAGUCAUGUGAUUGAACUCUGAAUUAGUACAGUUAGGUUGCAUGCAGAAAGACCACAGGUUUUCCUUAGCAGAGAAAACAUAGCAUCAAUCAGAUGUAUAUGAUAUAUACACAUACAAGAGAACCUAUAGAAAAUUAGGUAAUAACCACAAUGUUUACUAUUUCUCAUGACUGACUGGUUUCACAUGUGAUCUAUUUUGGUUUUGUAGGCAGGGACAGACUGAAAUGGAUAUUUUGACUAUGCUUAGACGUUUGUAGAUUGGCUUUCAUAUGAUGGUAGAAUAUAGUUCAUAUAGCUGGAUGGAUUGUUGUCAAGAUGCCACAUAUCAUAUCAUUCCAGUGUUGUUUAAACAAGGCCCCUCUCUUACAAUGCAUAGAGUUGGAGUGGCACAAAUUCAUGCUUACACUGUGAAUAUGUCUGGGAGAUUGUCUGAUGUUCCGUAAGGGGGAUUCUAUUAAUGCAGCUGCUAAUGUGCUUAUGGAUCGAAUAAUGAAACUUCUGAUUAUUAUUUUUUUCUCCUAAACAGUAAAUCACAGUAUACUGUAUAGUCAAGCCAAAGUAGCUUGUUGUUAUUUCUCUCCUCUCUCUCUCUCUCUCUCACACACACACACACACACACACACACAAUGCACAAUCUAACAGAAAAAGUGACAAAAAAUGUUUUUUAGGACAAGUAAGGGGUCAAUCACAUCACUUUGCUUUUGUGUUGGUCCAAACUGUUUUUUAGAUGGGGGUUUUUUCUCUGUCUAUGUAAACAUGCGCUAGAUGGACGUCUAUCACAAGCCCUUUUGAUAUUAAAUCAUGUGCAGGAUAAAAAUUAUAGAUAUCUAUAAUUCAAUUUUCACUAGUUAACAUGCUAAUUCUUUUUACCUGCUAUGGGAUUGCCAUUAAUGAAAAUGCUACUUUUUGAUAUCUCACUGAUUCUUGAGAUAAUGGACAAAACAUGUUUAAAAUCUGAGUUUUUAUUUUUUUAAUACUAAAUUAAUUUUAAAUGGAUAUAAUUGUAGACAAAGGCCUCAGCUAAUGAACCAUAUAAAGGAACAGGGUUUUUUUUUUUUUUUUCUGAAAACAGACAUUUAAUCACUUCAUAACUUGCAUCUUACUGUAAUUAGUGUCAGCUCCGUCAGACACACUAAAAAGCAUGCUAUUUUAAUUUGAUCCAUUUAACAAGAGUGUAAAGUCUUUAAUUAUCUAAUAAUGGUGUUCAGUGAAGGAGUUAAGUGAUGAAAUACAUUCUAUACAUUUUCUGUUUUCACACUGUUCUGAAAAUUCUGACAGAGUUGACAUAAUUGAGUAUUUUUCCAUUUUAACCAUUCAUUGUACACUGGUGAUUUUUUUUUUUUCUCAGUUGAAGCUGCCUCUAUAACUUAAACUCUAAUGCCAAAAUGUAUCCCACAAUUCUAACAGAAAUUAUUGUAGUGAGAAUGACAGAUUUGAGACUUAAACAUUGUUUUUUCAAUAUGAAAAAAUUAUCAAACUUACCAGAUCUUUCAAACUUUCCAGCGCAGGAAGUGGGACAGGGGUGAUCAGAGUCAUAGCUGACCAUGGCAUUGUCAGAUUUUUUCAAGAUUAUAAAAAUCUGACAGAGCUGACACAAAGUGAUGACACAACUUUGAUAGGGAGUUUUUUUUUAGUUUUUUUUAAUUUUUUUUUAAUUUUUAUUUUUUUUAUAGAAAAUAUCAUUUAAAGUUUACUUCAUGUAUUGUUUGACAUCUUACAGAUCCUUACCUUUCAUUUGAUAUUUAUAUUUAUGAAUUUGUUGCAUUUUUAAACACUUUGUUUGGCAGUUUAACAUUGUGACCUCUUGCUGAGGACAAGUUAAGUUACAUCUAAGUAUAGAGCAUGCAUUUAAAAAAAUUCUAAUGAAAUUAUUUAAAAAUAUAAGUAUACAUAUUUCCUUUAGAUUGAACUUUUCCAGUAUUUUUAUUAUUGUGAAUUUCUUGUUUUUUAACAUAUAGAUGACUUUUGUAUGCAAGACAUUUUUUGUCACUUAUCUCAAGAAUCAGCGAUCUAGUAAAAACAUUUAUUCAUAAUAUUAAAAAUUACGUUAUUACUCAGGUAAAUACACAUUCUUGAUAUCAAAAUUGGAAUUUCAAAUAGUAAAAGAAAUGAUUAUUGAUAUUUGUAAUUGCAUUUUCACUAGUAGAAUUUCACAAUGAUCUGUCAUUCACUCCUGUUCAAAACGCAAUUACAGAUAUCUAUAAUUUUUUACUAGCUGAAAUUGAAACUUCACAGAUCAACUACAAUUUAUAAUGUACUAUAAUAUACUAUUUACUAGUGAAAACGCAAAUUUUUUAUACCAAUGAUUUCAUUGUUUCUAGUGCAAAUGUUCAUUCCUGAUAUUUACAAAUGAAUUACAACUAGCAAAAAAUUUGGUUUUCACCAGUGGCAAUGUUAAUUUCAGAUAUCUUUAAGUUUAUUGUAACAAGAAAGCCUUUUAAGAAUCUUUAAUUACUCUUACAUUUAUUUAUAUCUAUAAUCCAUUUCAAGGUUAUAUGAAAUACCAAAUCUAGCAUGUUGAAAUACAUGAUCACAUAAAAAAAAAAAAAAAAAUGCAUUUCACUAAUUGCUAA